UGGUCCACACACACACACCUUCGGUCCAUGACAACAGUCUCCGGAGCUUUAAGUGCAGCUGUUUGUGUGAGAAGAGCAACCAGCGUCUCCGCGCGGCACUUCCGCUCUGAACCCUUCAGCUAUCGACAUUAUCGCGGACAAUAAGGUCGGGAGCACCGUCGCAGUCUCGUGGUCUUAUUUCGUCGUAAAUCGUCUUAUAUCGGCAGCCUUGCUGACUCCUUAGACUCAAGGUUAGAUCGGUAUCUAAAAAAGAGGAGCCGGAAUGUGCUCUGUGAUUCGCCCGGUGAAGCCUGUCCAACGGGCUCUGUCUCUCACGCUCCGCCUGCGAGCCGCCGCCGGGGGCUUGGCCCAGGACAGACGCCUGCGUCCCGCCGCGAGUGCUGACGUUGGCCCGCUGCGAGCGAGCUGCCGGUCGUACUGCUCCGCGAUGUCACGCACCGAAGGACUGCUCUUCAGACAGCUCUUUGAGUCGGAGAGCAGCACCUACACCUACCUGCUGGCCGACACGGAGACCAAGGAGGCCAUCCUCAUCGACCCCGUCCUGGAGACGAUUGACAGGGACCUGAAGCUUAUACAUGAACUGGGGCUCAAUCUGAAAGUGGCAGUGAACACCCACUGCCAUGCUGACCACAUCACGAGCACCGGGCUGAUGAAGAAGAGAUUGGCUGGUCUGAGAAGUGCCAUCUCCAAAUUCAGCGGCGCCUCUGCAGACAUCCUCCUGUCAGAGGGAGACAAGAUCUACUUCGGAAAACAUCAUGUGGCGGUGAGAGAGACACCGGGACACACGGACGGGUGUGUGGCGCUGGUGUCGGGGGAUCAGAGCAUGGCGUUUACUGGGGACGCUCUGCUCAUCAGAGGCUGUGGCAGGACAGACUUCCAGCAGGGCUCUCCAGAGAGGCUCUACAAGUCCGUCCAUGAGAAGAUCUUCACUCUGCCUGAUCAGUGCCUCAUCUACCCGGCACACGACUACACAGGUCGGACCGUAUCGACGGUCGGUGAGGAGCGCACCUUCAACCCCCGCCUGACCAAGAGCCUGGACGAGUUUGUGACGAUAAUGAACAACCUGAAUCUCCCCAAGCCUAAAAAAAUAGAUGUUUCAGUGCCUGCUAAUUUGGUUUGCGGAAUACACGAAGUCUGAACGUCUUUCCAACAAGAGAAUUUUAUUGUUUUUCUUACAGGUUGAUUUUCUCAAUGUAGAAAUGUUAGAGAAGUGCUUUUCUGAAUGUAUUCAUGUAAAUUUGAAUAUGUAUGUUGCAUAGCUACUGACAUCGUCGGGAUAAUGCUUCAUAUUAAAACACAAUCAGCACUCUUUAAACUAUUGGAAAUUAAAUCUAAAUAUCUGUACAUGAGGAAAAACAUUCUAUUUUGAUUACAUUGAUCAUAUUGAAGUGUGCCUUACUGGGUAUUAUGAUUAAGUUGGAGGGAGAGGAGGAUUUUAAGAAGCAAAAGCUCAAUUGGGAAUGUUCCAUUCAAGGUUUGGUUUGAUUCAUUAAUGCUUCGCUGUGUCUAAAAACUGUUGUAUACAGUUCAGAAAAACUUGCCGUUUGAAAAUCAUUUUAAACCAAGGGUGGAGUUUGAUAAUGAGAUCGAGGAUGUUAAGUGACAUUACAGCGACUGUAGGUUCCAACAACGUGAGUCAAGAUGCUUCUGUGAAAAGUAGGAACUUUCCUUUUUUCUCCGUCUGAAGAGAGCACAUUCUUGCUCCGCUGUUGUACCGCUUUAUGUAAGUCUCCAUAUCGAUGCACAGUAAAUUGCUUUGCUGUAUUUAAUCUCACUCUAUUCAGCUACUCUUGCUAUUGUUCUUUCAGUGUGUCAAUGCUUGAAUAUCUGGUGUGAUUGUGCUGAAAUGCUUGCAAGGUUUUAAGCAAAAAAAUAAAAGAGGACUUUCUAAUUAUUUAAAGAAA